AUACUCCGAUCCCGAUCCCGAUCCCAAAUUCCGAGACACACAGGACAGGCACAAGUGAGAGCUCCGCUCCCAUCUCCCGAAAGCCAAAACCCUAACCCUCGCCGCCUGCCGCCCGGCACCGCCAUGGACGCCUCCGGCGAAGAAGGAGACGAUUUCACCACGUACGGUCAAGUCGCGCAGUUCUUCAACUCCAUGGAGGGCCCGUCCGCGCAGGAGCGUAUCGACGGCAUCGUCCCCGCCCUCGCCUCCCUCCUCCCCGCGCCCUACGUCCCCGCCCCAGAGGUCGAGUCCGACUCCGACGACGAGCGCUUCUCCCUCUUCUCCUUCGACUCCGAGUCCGAGGCCUCCGACGACGGGGCGGACCACGACGCGUUCACGGCGGCGCCGAGCGACGGUGAGGACCGCAUCAGCCGCCUCCCGGACACGCUCCUCGCCGACAUCAUCCACCGCCUCCCCACCAAGGACGCCAGGCGCACCGCCGCGCUCUCCACGCACUGGCGCCGCGUGUGGGCCGGAACCCUGCUCCUCGUCGACGACGCCCACCUCCUCGGCGCGACCUUUUGGCUCAACUUUAUCCUAGUUUUGCCGCGCUGCGUGACCGCGCACCCCGGCCCCGUCCGCGGCGUGCGCGUCACCCACGUCUCCUUCUACGCGCACGAGUACGCGCUCCGGCGCCUGGUCGCGGCCCUCGCCGACAAGGACGUCCAGGACCUCAUCCUCGUCAACCGCCCGUGGCCGCUCGACAUGCCGCUCCCCGACGACAUCUUCCGCUGCGCCUCCUUGGACCGCCUCUACCUCGGCGUAUGGUACGUCCCGAAGACGACCGCCGCGCACCCGCCCGCGUUCCCCGCCCUCCGCGAGCUCGGUCUCUUCCACAGCAUCGUCGCCAACCAAGAAUUCGAGGCCAUGCUCGCGCACUGCCCCAAGCUGGAGGUCCUCUUCCUCGUCAUGUCGUACCACAACCCAUCGCGUCUCCGCCUCGCCUCCGGCAGCCUCAAGAUCGCGGUGGACUGGAUGUCGUCCUUCGACGAGGUCGCCGUGGAAUUCCACACAUGAUUUGCAUGUGGAAACAUGAUAUGUAGUCUACCUGUUUCCCAUUAGUAAAGACAGUGUUCCAAAUGCACCAAUGCCAUACUCAGGAUAGUAUGCAGAUCGAUGACCGCAGCUGCCACAUACUGCAUA